GAAUAAAUAACAACAUUGUUGUUUGCUUUAAGUUUCCUCCUUAAGAUGGAGCUUUGUUUAUCCUUGCAGACAACAUGAGCGAGCAUGUGACCUGUUGCCAGUAACAUUAGAAUGUAAGAGGACACUGCCUACAACAUGGCGUUUGUGUAGCAGCUGGUGAAAUGUGGACCAGCAACCUGAGAGUUCGCCAUGAGCAAUGAUUUAGUUAAAGCUUUUAGAUUGUGGUUAGAAGAUACCGUGCAUCUUAAAGACAUACUAUAUAUAGUUUAAACAUCUUUUAUUUUUUUCCCAGCCUCCUGACUUACUUUGCGCAGUGAUGGCUGAUGCAGAAAAUAUUAAUGACACUGCAGUCAAGGUGCUGCACUGCCUGGAAAAGGUGUCUUCCUUCGCCUCCUCCAUCCACCCCAUCUUUGGGAUAGUCUCCUCCCUGGUAGGUGUGGCUCGCAAAGGCCUUAUCAAGGAGGAGGGCCACGCUCUGGACAAGGAGUUCCAGCCACUCCACUCCGAACUGGAGACCAUCUCCAAAAAGAAUAGCGAAUGGCUGAUGCAGAUCCGCCUCAACAAAGUGAACGAAACCUAUGUCAAGCUCGAUGGUAACAUUAGGGACCAGUACACUAUCUUCAAUAACAUGGUGGAAAAGGUGAAAAAAGAUCUGAGCAACACCCAGCUCCACAUGGCGGCCUUCAAGACGACUUAUGGGGAAGAGAAGGGCGACAUGAGCCUGGAUGUGUACUACAAAGGGAUAAUGGGCAUAGAGCAGCUGUUUGCAAAACCUUUGCUGAAGGCCUACUUUGACAGCUGCAAUGGCGACCGGAAGACCAUGGAGCCAUUUCAUUUCACCAUUAUUCACUGUUCACACAUCAUCCACCUGUUCCACAUGGUUCUCAUCGCCCUCAUGGGCUACACAGCUGUGGUCGAGGAUGACAAAGAUGAGAUGCAGAAGAAGUGGACCAAGAGGGUAGCUGAGAUCCAGGAGAAGAUGGAGGCGGUGCUCAGUCAGUGCAAAGACAACUCAUCCUGAACAUGGGCAUCAUAGAGCGCAACGUCUACUCUUAGCUGUGGACCUAAAAGAU